AUGGGCUUGGAGAGAGCAGUGGGACAAGGCGCUUCGUUGACGUCUGCGGACUGGACUUGGGAUGGUCGAGCUGUGAUAGCGGCAACGCAGGGCCAAGCUGUGAGGAUGGUGGACCCGCGUGAGAAUAUGACGUCAAAGUGCCAAAGGCACAUUCAGGAACACGACCCGUGGGUGUGGAUAGGUGUGGACGGACGCAGCAUUUUGUCACGUGUGGAAGCGAUACGCUGA